AUGAUCGUCCAACUGCAAGAUUUCUUGUUUUCCAAGAUAUUUUGGGCGGCGCUGGUACUCGUCGCUGCUUACUUGUAUCUCAAACUUUUCGUCUACAAUUAUUGGGACAAAGUCAAGGUACCGAACGCUUCUCCGAAUGUUAUUCUCGGCAACAUCAAUCGGGACUUCCUUGUUGGCAAAGUAACGAUCGGUGAAAUGGUAAAACAGUAUUACGAUCAAUUUUGCAAAGAACCAUUUUUCGGCAUCUACGUGUUUCACAAUCCAAUUCUAUUUGUCAACGAUCCCGAACUAAUACGUUUGAUACUGGUUAAAGACUUUAAUUACUUCUCCGACCGGGGUAUUCACUCAAAUCUUGAGACGGACCCGAUGUCUUACAAUUUGUUUCGAUUGCCUGGCGACAAGUGGAGGCAUCUCAGAACGAAACUGACACCUAUCUUUACCUCAGGAAAGUUGAAACAAUUGUUUCCUUUAGUAGUGGAGGUUUCUCACGAGCUCGUAGACGUUUUCGAUAAAAAUCUCGAGCAAUCGGAUGUGAUAGAUGUCAGAGAUUUGAUUGAAAGAUUCAUCACUGACUCGAUAUCGAACGUGGCUUUUGGUUUCAAUUGUAAUAGUCUAAAAAAUCCCAGCAACGAUUUUCGCCGUCACGGAAUAUUGGGUACCGAUAUGGGCAAAUAUACAGCUGUUUUAAGUAUUUUUGGAUCGAAUAUUUUAGAUUUCUGGCGUUUGCCCGUAUUUAAGCAAAGCGUCAACAAAUUUUUCAUUCAAAUUUUCAAACAAGUCGUGCAACACCGGAUAGAAGAAUCGGUAGUGCGAAACGACUUUAUCAAUUCUCUCAUGGCUCUAACAGACUGCAAAAGCGAUGUGGAAAAACUUUCAGACAUCAACGGUGAAAAAUUGAAUAUGCUGGAGGCCGCGGCUCAAGUAUUCGUAUUUUUUAUUGCUGGCUUCGAGACAACUUCGACUACUUUGACGUAUUGUUUUCACGAGCUGGCUCGAUAUCCAAAAGUGCAGGAAAAAUUACAGCGAGAAAUUGACGAAGUUGCCAAAUAUCCUGGAGGCUUUACUUAUGAAAAUGUGAUGAACAUGAAGUACCUAGACAUGGUGUUCAACGAGGCAUUGCGAAAGCAUCCACCGGUGCCAUUUGUGAACAGGCUGUGCACCAAAGAUUACACGAUACCAGGCACGAGCAUUUGUCUUCCAAAAGGGAUGAGACUUGCCAUUAGCGUAUCCGGCUUGCAAAAUGAUCCUGAUAUUUAUCCUGAUCCAGAUGUUUUCGAGCCCGAGCGUUUUUCCAAAGAAAACAGUGCAAAAAGAAACUCUUAUUAUUUCUUGCCGUUCGGCGAAGGACCACGGAUUUGUAUAGCCAAACGAAUAGCUUUCAUGCAAGGAAAAAUUGCCCUGAUUACGCUUUUGUCGAGGUACAACUUUUCAUUGUGCAAAGAUACUCCGAUGCCUUUGCCAUACAGCAAUCGUACAUUUUUGCAAGUUACUGACUACAAGUUAAAUUUGAAAGUCACCAAGAGGCAAUAG